CAGGGCGGGGGGGAGGGGGCGGCCCGGGCGGCUCCACUGCAGCGGUCGGGGAGGGGAGCCCUGGGCCGGCUCCACCGCGCGCAGGGUUCGGGCCCCGAGCGCGCCAGGGGGCAGUUGAGGCCCGGCAUGGGCCGGAGCUCGGCUGAGCUGGUUCUGUGGCUGACGCUGCUGCAGCUGCUGGCGCUGGGGACCCCCUCCCUGACUUCCCCCGACUAUCAGUACUUCGGCUCCCACAGCCAAGGGGAUACGUGGGAACAACUGAGGCUGCAGAACCAGGACAAAGUGCUGGACUCCAUUCUCGGCCCGUGGGGACUGUGGCACUGUCACUGUGACCUCGGCAAGCAGGAGCGCAACCGUGAGGUUGUGGGCAGCGCGCCGGGCCCCUUGUUCAUGGACCGCGAGAAACUGGUCCAGAUGCGGCCCUGCCGGCUCCAGGAUUGUGCAGCCUGCGACCCCGCCGACUGUGACUGGCGGCCCUGAGCACAGCCACCAGCCACAGAGUGCAGAGCUCCUGAGACCCCCAGGGCGGAACUUGGAAAGAGACCCCGCCCACCCUGUGCCCGCAACCCGCAGCUGAGCCAGCGGCCUUGGAGACUACAAUUCCCAGGAAGCCACGAGGCA